AUGAAUGAAACUACAGACAAACUUAACUCUUCUCUCAUUCUUCCUUUCAGCAAAGAUUAUGAAUUCUGUUCAAAUGGCGUUUAUUUCUAUUGUGGAAAGAUGGGGUCAGGUAAGACAUUUAACCUCAUUCGUCAUAUACUCAUAACAGAGCGUUUAGGAAAUGACUCAUAUUAUGACCAAAUCAUUAUAUCAGCAACUUCAGACUCUAUGGACUCAACAGCGAAAACAUUUAUGUCAAAAGUUCAAGCCUCUGUCGUUAAAGUUCCAGACAGUGAACUCAUUGAAUUUCUUCAACGUUACGUUCGACGUAAGAGGAAAUAUUAUGCCAUCGUUGAAUUUAUACAGUCAGGAAUGCAAAAGACUUCAGAAGAGAUGGAAAGAAUUAUUGACAAACACCACUUACGUCAGUACUCAGGAGUUUACGAUAUGAAACGACUGACAAACUACAUUCUAUCAAAACUUUCAAAAUACCCCUUCAAAAAAUAUCCUUCAAACACUCUGCUCGUUUGCGACGACUUCGCUGGUAAAGGUUUAG